UCAUCGUCCCAAAGCUCUCCACACUCAUCAUUUCCCUCAAAACUAGCUAGUUCUUAAUCCUCGUUGACAAAACCAUGGGCAACAUUUGCUCGAUUUCACUCCCCGCUGACCGCAUUGUCUCUAGCUUCUGGGAUGGCACCACUGAGCAUGCAAAUUACCUGCGCAAACUCCCUGAAAAUCUGGUAGAAUUAGGAACCGCUUGUGAAAGAUUGAGGGAGUUAAGGAACGAUGUGAAGAGGAUGGUGGAUAUUGCUGAGAGGGAACAAAUGCAGCCGCUGGACCAAGUACAAGGGUGGCUUUCAAGGGUUGAAACUCUGGAAACUCAAGUCACUCAACUGAUUGGAGAUGGCACCGAGGAGGUUGAGAAGAAAUGUAUGGGUGGUUGCUGUCCUAGGAAUUGCAGGACCAGAUACAAGUUGGGGAAGAGAGUAGCUAGAAAGUUGAAAGAAGUGGACAUUCUAAUGAGCCAAAGACCUUCGGAUGCGGUGGCUGAGAGGUUACCUUCACCUCGCCUAGGUGAAAGGCCUAAUCAAGCAACUGUCGGCAUGAAUUCCAGAAUUGGUAAGGUUUGGAGCAGCCUUCAUCAAGAACAAGUGGGAAUUAUCGGCCUAUAUGGAUUAGGAGGAGUUGGGAAAACCACCCUCUUAACCCAAAUCAAUAAUGCUUUUACCAAAAGAACCCAUGAUUUUGAUUUUGUGAUCUGGUCAACAGUUUCCAAAAAUGUAAACCUUGAAAACAUUCAGGACGACAUCUGGAAGACGAUAGGGUUUUGUGAUGAUAAAUGGAAAAGCAAAAGUCGAGAUGAGAAAGCUACGAGCAUCUGGAGAGUCCUGAGCGAAAAGAGGUUCGUGCUGUUGCUAGAUGAUUUAUGGGAGUGGUUGGAUUUAUCAGACGUCGGAGUCCCAUUCCAAAAUAAGAAAAAUAAGAUAGUAUUCACCACUCGAUCAGAAGAGGUGUGCGCUCAAAUGGAAGCGGAUAAGAAGAUCAAAGUGGAAUGCCUAACAUGGACAGAAUCCUGGGAAUUGUUUCGAAUGAAGCUUGGAGAAGACACUCUCGAUUUCCAUCCUGAGAUACCGGAGCUCGCUCAAGCCGUCGCACAAGAGUGUUGUGGUUUGCCACUUGUGCUAACUACCAUCGGCAGGGCCAUGGCUUGUAAGAAGACGCCGCAGGAAUGGAAAUAUGCAAUAAAAGUGUUACAAAGCUCUGCCUCAAAAUUUCCAGGCCUUUUAGACGAAUUUGAUGACAUGAAGGGAGCAGAAAACCAGGGUUACAACAUUAUUGGCACUCUGAUUCAUGCAUGUCUAUUAGAAGAAGGUGAUGUUGAUUAUGUAGUAAAACUGCAUGAUGUAAUCCGUGAUAUGGCAUUGUGGAUAGCUUGUGAAACAGGGAAGGAGCAGGACAAGUUCUUGGUGCAGGCCCGCAGUGGGUUAACUGAAGCUCCUGAAGUUGCUAGAUGGAUGGGACCAAAAAGGAUUUCACUUAUCGGUAACCAAAUUGAGAAACUAACAGGGUCUCCUGAUUGCCCCAAUCUCUCAACUUUGUUUCUUCAGGAUAAUAGUUUGAAGAUGAUCACUGAUAGUUUCUUCCAGUUUAUGCCAAAUCUAAGAGUUUUAGACUUGUCAAGGAAUGCUAUGACUGAAUUACCACAGGGAAUCUCUAAUUUGGUUUCAUUACAGUAUCUCAACCUAUCACAAACUAACAUAAAAGAGUUGCCAAUUGAGUUGAAGAACCUGGUAAAUUGAAAUUUUUGUUGUUGCAUCGCAUGAGACUUUCUUCAAUUCCAGAGCAGUUGAUAUCAGGU